AAAAAUGCAGGAGUUUCUAAAGAUUGAAGUGGACAGGGCCUUACAGAGUGCAAAUGGACACCUGGACCUUUUCCUUCGUUUCCUUCUGGGUCUAUCACUGGAGUCUAAUCAAACAGUCUUUCGAAGCCUUCUGAAACAGCGAGGACACCGCUUUCAAAGUGGACAGGUCAUUGUUAAGUACAUUAAGAGGAAGAUUAGGCAAAAUCCCUCUUCAGAGAAAUCAAUCAAUCUGUUCUACUGUCUAAAUGAAUUAAAUGAUCAUUCUCUGGAGCAGGAAGUACAAAUAUUCCUGAAGAGAGGUAGAAGUGGUAUUUCCAACCUCUCUCCUGCUCAGUGGUCAGCUCUAGUUUUUAUGUUGCUUAACUCAGAAAAGGAAAUGAAUGAGUUUAAACUGAGUGAAUAUUAUCCAUCUGAAGAAUGUUUACUGAGGCUGCUGCCAGUGGUAACAGCAUCCAGGAUAGCCGAUCUGAGUAAAUGUCAUCUCAAAGAUGAAAGUUGUUCAGCUCUGGCCAAAGGUCUAAGCUCAUACUCCUCAAGUCUGAGAGAACUGAACCUGAGUAACAAAGUGGAGUGAGGGUGCUCAGUGCUGGACUGGGAAGUUCAACCUGUCAU